AUGGCAGCGGCCGAGCGCCGGCCCAGCGCGGCGCCAGCCUGCCGUCCCCGAGAGCGGCCGCCGCUCGGGGCGUCCUCCCGGGAGACCGGGACGCCGCUCCGCGCCUCCCACCCUUCCCCGCCGCCUGCGCCCUCUCCCGCGUCCGCCGUGUGCAGAACCGGCGCCUGUUACCUGCGCUUCGAUGGGGAGCAGGAGGAAGCGGGCGGGAUCGGCCCAACGGAAAGCGCCUCGAGGCGACGGAGGGAGGCGGCGGUCGAGCGGGAGGACGAGCGGCCAGUCAGUGGCGGCUGCGAGGAGGGGGCGCCACCGAGGACUCGCGGGAACUCGCUCGCUCGCUCGCCGGCACAGCUGCGCCGAAGCCGCAGACGGAGAAACUGCGCCCCGCAGCUCCGAGCAACCGACCUCCACGCGCGACCGGGAGAGUCUGCCGCCGCCGCCGCGACCGCUCGCGCCGCACCCCCUCGCACGUCACCACGUGCGCCGCCGCUGCCGCCAACGCCUCCCAGCCGCUUCCGGCUCGAAGCCCUCGGCAAAUCACAGGCGAGCGCCAGAAAAACCCAGCGCCAGGCCCCGCCCCGCCGGAGGCCCCGCCCACCGCCCGCCCCGCCCGUCUCCGCUGGCGCCAGGUCCUUCCCUCGCAGUUCUACUAGACAUUUCUGCUCAUGGAACUUCAGCCUGCAAAACCCAGGAAGCUUUCAUUGUGGGACCUGCCAGUCCACUUUGGGAAUGUGUGCAUGUGUAUACACAGUUCUUUGCUCUUUCCUGGAGCCAUCUGGAGUCCCAGCCCAGGGACAAUGAGGUCUUCAGUAUCUGCUGAUAGAUCAAGGCCAUGGAAUUCCAUUUAUAGUGUGUAUCAUAGGAAACUUCAGGGGAGUAGGAGCACAGCUGCCCUGAAAGAAGAAAAUAUUAUGGAUUUUGAAGUAGUUUUGAUAUAAUUCAUUUAUUUUUAUUUUGUUUUUCAGUGGCUUUUUUGUUAAGCCCAAUUACUAAAAUCAUGGGUCUAUGUAUCAAAAAUGCGUGCGGCUUAAACAUCUUCCUGAAGGAAGGUUCCAUCGACAAUGGGACCAUUCAGUUUUUGUUUUUAUGUCAAGUUCAGCACUGCAGACAAAUUCUGUUGAAGUGAAAAAUAUAAACAAAACU